GUUCCAUAGGUUGCUGUAUCAAUUUCAAUGGCAAGAGGAAGGGUACUAAAACGGAGAUGGUACAUUUCUCCUUCAUAUUCGAGUAGUGAUGGAGAGGAAUAUGUUACUGGAGAUGUUCCCUCCAAACACUGGAAACAAAUGAGUGACGAUGAGAAGGAGCCUUGUGAGGCAGCCUGCUCGAAAGAAUGGGAAAUGUUCAGGCAGCAUGGUACUGGUACCUUGAAAAAAAAGGCGGUGAAGUACAGGUUUCAUAGGUCUGCACCAUCUAAGUUCAUUGAAGUCAUAUCCAAAUUCGACGAGAAGAAGAGGAGGGCAGUUCAAGAGAUUGGAUUUGGCAAUCUGUUGGAGUUGAAAUGCUCCUAUUUCAACCGCGAUCUUUGCCUCAAUCUCAUUGCUCAAUUUGACUGUAGCUCGUGUAGGCUUAGAGUUGGUGAUGAGAAAUUUAUUCCCAUCUCUACACUUGAUAUUGAGUCCAUACUAGGAAUACCCCGUACUCAAUUACCAGUGCCUACAAGCAUUCCUAGCGGUGCUUCGUGGAUAAAAGAUGGAGGAUUUCGUCAAAAAAAUGGACUACAGGUCUCUACUUUAGCUGAUAAGCUUUUGAAACUUGACGCCGGGGAUGAGUUCAAGCGAACAUUUGUGCUUUUCACAUGCGGAGCCAUACUUUCCCCCAAUGCCUGCUAUUCGGCCAAUUCAACGUUGCUCAAAGCUGUGGACAGGGUGGAACAGAUCAGCACUUAUAACUGGUGCUUGUAUGUCCUCAAUUUUUUGGUGAAAUCUAUCCAGACCUUUUCUGACGGUGCAAAGCGUUGUACUGGUUGUCUUAUUUUUUUACAGUUCCUUUAUUUGAUGCGAGUUGAUGUAAAAUGCCCCUCUCCUAAGGAAGAUGUCCUAUCUAUUGGUGUUUGGACUGACAUGGUCAUCAAAGCCCGUAUCAGAUUUGAAAAAGAGGAGCUAGGAGGUUUUGGACGCUGCCAGUACUCUUUCAACGGCAUAUAUUCACCCAUUCCGUUUCACGCAACUCGACGUGCUAAUGUGGAUCUUGAAAUGGAUAUUUUGAGUCCAGCAACCAGGGUUAUUCCAAUCUCAGAGAAGAUUACUUCAGAACUCGCCCCUGAGACUCAGGUGUCUACUUCUCCAGCUGCCUCCUUGAUCUAUCCAGGUCAACUUGAAAAGACAAACUCCACUGGCUCCCCUAGGUUGACAAAGGGGAGAAAAGCAAGCGAUGUCAUCAACAAUUCUAUAUCAGAAUCGGAUACAAGCAAUGAUGAAGUGGAGUUGGAAAAUUUAAUUUCGAAAGUGAUCGCCCCUCAAACUGAGAAAGAUGAAGAAAUCGAACCAGCUGCUGCUCUCUCUGCAUCAAAUAAGGCUGUGUUUGACAACCCUCGGCCAAUAAGGAGGGCUAAUGAAGCAUCAAAUAUUGUUGGGAGCAGACCAGAAGGGAGUGCCAACAUUGGUAACCAAAGGGAAGAGCAUCCAGGCCAAACUUUUAGUCGUAACCCAUCAGGAAUGGCUGAAAUGUUGGAUGACAACUCUUCUGAUCUCAAUGAGGUUGGAUCUUCUCUGUAUCCUGCUUUGGUCACGGUUAAUGGGUACAGAGUGAAGCCUGAAUGGGUACCUCUCCUUAAAGCCAUAUGUUUAAAACAUGGAGAUAUUGCUAAAAAUUGCUCUUUGCUGAGUGUUACAUCUCGUUCAUCUCUCCUGGAGAUAGUCUGUGACAUCGUGCAGAAAUCACAGGAUACAGAAUUCAGGCGAAUCACACAUGUUGAUCUUGAAUCCAUGCUUGAUCAAGUUCGUGAUCUGGAAACUGUUAACAUGGAAGUUGGAUGGCUGCAUCAGUGGCUGGAUAAAAUUUUUGAUGCCAUGCCGCUUUUCAAGGGCUAUAGCACCCUAAAGAAGGAGAUUCUAGCUUUACAACAGAAGAUUCUAACUUUAAAGGAGAAUGUCCUUUUAGCAGAGAAUCAGCUCGCUCCAAUGAAGGCUGAGGCUGAGAAGAUUGAUGAGAAAGUCUCAGAGACAAAUGCAAAACUGAAAUGUUUUUAUCAAAAGUCUGUGGUGGAUGGCCUAGUUUAGCUUAAUCUCUGCCUGAUAACUUUUGUGGAUUGUUUUACUUGUCAAAAAACAAAACUUCUAUGGUUUUUUUGAAUGUCUUCCAAGAUAGAUGUUUAUUAUAGCUUAUAGCUUAAGAACCAUUUAGGCCUAACUAAUUAUACUAUAUGUUUGCUUCCACACAGUUGAUGUUCUGAUUGGUAUCUUCUUCUUCUUCUUUUUUUUUUUGGUGUGUGCGUGUGUGAAAUAUUAGCUGCUGAUUGCAUUUAGGCUAUGUGUGCUGUGAUUGGAAACGAAAGUUUUCUAUGGAAUUAAGUUCAAACUCAUGGUUUAAAGCUGUGAAACUUAAUUGAUGAACUUGUAAAAUAUAUCCCUUGUAGAUGUUGGCCUAUAUUGCUUGAUUUGCUGUGUGUUUUUUGACAAUCAGCUAUGUGUAUGUAUUUGUUGUUGGGUUGAGGGGAUUGUUGUUGGAAUACUCAUUAGUCUUCUGU